CCCAUAUCCUUCAAGACUUUUACUGCAAAAAAAACUGUCCAGGAAAUCAAUCAGUAAUUCAGCUUAAGAGAAAAAAAACCCAAAUCUGUGUCUGUUUUUCUUCACAGCGACUCCUCAGAUCCAAAAGUUGAUGACAGUGAUGAUCAGACAGCACGAGAAGUUGUUUCCUCUCUCCAAAGACGUGCUCCCCUCCCCUCCCUCCAAAAAGGCAGAGAGCCAGAAGAACACUCCCCGCAGCUUUGUGGGCUGGGAAUCUUCAGAGAUGGGUGAUGCAUCGAUGUCUGAGUCUCCAGAGGAGGAAGAGGACACCGACAGUCCAGACCCAGACAGAGGGAACCGCAACCCCCAAAACCUCCAUCCAGAUCAUCUCUCUGCUACAGCAGAUGACUGGCCUGGAAAUCCCCGCAAACGCACCCAGACCCUGCCCACCUUCAACUGCCCCCUCACUGGAAUGGCAGCUAAGGCCGACGCUAUAAACCGGUGGAGUCGCAUUCAGGAGGGCGUGGAGGAGAAGAGCGGGACACUGUCAGAGGACAUUUUUAAGAUCCUGGACCUGCGGAGCUCCAUGUCGUUGUUCGGGGGGUCCCACACGAGUAACAAGAAGGGAGGCGAUGAACCCACAGCCAGCAGAGAAAGUGACGGCACGGGUUCUUCAACAGCUGGUUCCCAAAUACCUGUCGUCAGUGAGCCUCAGACCGUCCAGGUGCCGUCCAGUCACAAGAGUGCAGAGCUCCUGACAGCGGGAGGUUCAGGUCAGCAGGUCAACAGCAAGUCUGAGCUGAAGAAAGACAGCCAGCCACUCGUCAACAGUGUGCAGCUGGAGAACAAGGAUCUGAGGGCCACAGUGGCGGAGCUCCAGUUGGCUCUGGAGAAAGAGCGCCACCGCGUGUCCGCUCUGGAGAUCUGCCUGAGAAAUGCCGAGCGCACUCGGGACGAGGCCCAGAGACGCAACGAGGAGCUGCAAAGAGAAAUUCAGCAGUUCCUGUCUGGGAGACCACACGCUCCCACCUAAUGGACGUUUUCAGACUCACUCGUGUACGGAGUCAUGACCCCAUUCAUCUCCACAGAGCUUACGUCACAUGUACUGAUCAUGAAAUGGCCUUAGGUUGUUUUCAUCUGAGCUCUGUUUGGUUCUGAAGAUAAUUUAUUGGCUUUAUGAGACUUUCAAGGAGAGAUGUGAAUAGGUUUUGAAUGCAGAGGGGACACCACUGAGAUGUUUUGCUCUCUUUGAUCAGAGCACAACUGGACUGUACAAAUACCACCUUUUAAAUGGAGUAAAUAAUGACUUUGUCAUUUAUAGUGGUAUAUUACGAAAGUUUUUUUUUGUUGCUGCAUAAAAUAAGUUCACGUACACACAAACGUUUGGUGAUGUCCAACUUUUUUCGGUGAAUGACUUUAAAUAAAAAGUCAUUUACCUUAACCUUCUGUGAGCUGUUGUUGUAACUUGUGGUUACUAUAGAGUUUACUGUUGUUUUUCAAUCAUUUCAGGACCAGUCUGGUCCGACAUCUGCAACAACAAGGGAACUGAUGCUCACUGGGUAGUUUCUCUUUUUUUUAACCAAUACUGUGAGUGAGGAGUGUUAUUUAACUGGCCGGCCUUGGUGUGAGAGUGGGUGUCAGCCAAUCAUUGGAGUGUGAUAAAUAGAUUGCAUAUAUGACUUCUGUGUUCUGCAUGAAAUAAUGCAAGGCUUGUGCACAUAUGCAAAUAAAAAAAAAACAUGCAGAAAAAGAA